CCACCCCGUACACCAGUACCCUUCAGGGCGAAGGGAGGGAGUCUGUAAUGGAGGAUGAGAAAUGUGGCCUAGGACCAUGCUGCACGUUUGGCUCCCUCCAGUUCCUUGCUUGCAAGGAAGCCUUCCUGUCAGUGUUUUGCUUGGCUGUGGUACUACAAGGGAUGCACAUGACAUACUUUGUCAGUAUCCUCACAACCAUAGAGAAACUCUUCCAGAUCCCAUCUCAGACCACAGGAAUCAUCAUGAGUGCAACCGAAAUUGGACUUAUUGGAGGAAGCCUCCUUUUGACUUAUUAUGGAGGGCAAGGUCAUCGGCCACGAUGGAUCGGCUGGGGCGUACUCCUGUUUGCCUUUUCUUCUCUUCUCUGUUCUCUACCCCACUUUCUCUUCGGCUCACAUCUUGUUGCCACUUUGGAGGAAAGUUAUCCCGUGGAAGAGACAACUCAUCCACAUUUGUGUAGUCUGAAUUCCUCCCUACUACAACUUCCAAGUGAAUGCAAGGGGGAAGAUGGAGGACCUCAAACUGGUUUCCGUCCCUAUGUGAUCUUCAUCUUCUUUCUCAGUCUCAUGGGGAUAGGUAUUGGUACCACUGCUGUCUACACUCUUGGAAUCCCGUACAUUGAUGAUAAUGUUGCUAGUCGGGAAUCUCCAUUAUACUUUGGUAUUACGAUUGGGAUUCGAAUCCUUGGCCCGGUGUUUGGCUUUCUGCUUGGAUCUCUGUGUGUGAAAAUGUAUGUCUAUCCCUUUAUGGAUGGACCAGUGGACCCUACAGACUAUCGAUGGAUAGGUGCCUGGUGGUUAGGACCAUUUGUGAUAGCAACAUUGUUGGCCAUGGCAUCUGUGGGCAUGUUCGCCUUUCCACGGCAGCUCAAACUCUCUAAAACAACUGCUGGUACCUCCAGCCUUGCAGCUGUUAAGCCUACUCUUCGUGAGUUCCCAAAAGCAGUUCAUCGACUCUUGGGCAACAGUGUGCUGCUUCUCCGGACAGCCUUUGGAGGGAUUCUUGUGAUGGGAGUAGGGAUAUUUUUGAGUGGAUGGUACAUCCGCAAGACAAAACCAAGUCCCCGGUUUGUUGCUGGCUGGAUUGCAUGGACAGCUUUAAUCUAUUCCCUUGGGAUGGGGGUCCUCAUGUUCAUUGGCUGCCCCAUGAAGACCAUGGUUGGCCUCUCUCCUCUCACCAGUUGCAUGGAGUUGGAAGAGAAGGCUAAGGAGGGAUUUUGCACUUCUCAUGAAUGUACCUCCCUCAAGUGGUACAUCAUCCUCUUCUCGAUAUUUGCAUUUGUCCAUUCAACCUCUGAUGUUGGCUCCAUGCUGCUCACCCUUCGAUGUGUGGACCCCAAAGACAAAGCGAUGGCUCUGGGUUUGAUCCAGUUUGCAAUUGGACUCUUUGGAAAUGUUCCUUGCCCCAUCAUUUAUGGACUUGUCAUUGACUCUGCUUGCAUCAUCUGGGGGACUCGGUGUGGUCAGCGAGGAGCUUGUUGGCUCUAUGACCCUUCCACCUUCCGCUAUUUCUUCCAUGGUACAACUGCACUAUUGAUGCUUUUGGCAUUUUUUGUCGAUAUUCUUGUGUGGUGCAAGUCAGAUGAGAUUCAAUUUCAAGAAGAGACAAGGAAUGAUGGACCCAAAGAAGAGAGAGAAGCCAUCAUACAUGAAGAAGAAGAGGAGAUUUCAGAUGAAGAAUAUGGUUAUGAUGAUUACUACAAAGGAGGAGAAUGUGAUCUGGAUGCACACGAUUCUCGAUCUGUGGAUCUGGAGUAUUUUGACUAUGAAUGUUUGAAGGUUGAAGAUGUAGAGAGGCUCCUGAACCAAUCUGUUGAGACACUAUGCAAGAGUCUGCAGGUAUUACCAUCUCUGGGAAAGCUGUUACUUCAUCAUAGCCAAUGGGAUGUUGAGAAAGUGAUACACGAGUACCGGAAAGAUGCACAUAAACUACUGGAAGCAUGUCAGAUCAAACCUGGCUUGGGAGGACGAUGUAACAUUGAUGCCAGUACCAUGCUCAGUAGCUUUCUCACAUGUCCUGUCUGUGUGAUUCGGAACCCAAAGGAAUGCUUCUCAGCUCUCUCAUGUUGUCAUCAUUUCUGCAAAGACUGCUGGGCUCUACAUUUUCAAGUGCAAGUUCUCCAGGGAAUUUCCACUGGAAUAGAAUGUAUGGCUCAAGACUGUCACAUUGUAGCUCCAGAGGACUUUGUCCUUGCCCUUCUCUCACGUUCUGACAUUCGAGAGAAGUACCAGCAGUUUUCCUUCACAGACUAUGUAAAAUCUCAUCCUCAGCUGCGAUUUUGCCCUGGGCCCCAUUGCAACCUCAUUGUCAGGGCACCAUAUCAAAGACCCAAAAGAGUCAUCUGGGUGGUUGAGAACUUCUUUCUUGCCAUCUCAUUUUCAGCUUUCAAUGUGGAAAUGAGUACCAUGCUCCUGCGCACUUGUCCUCGGUGUCACAUCUGCAUUGAGAAGAAUGGAGGGUGCAAUCAUAUGCAAUGUUUCAAUUGCAAACAAGAUUUUUGCUGGAUGUGCUUGGGGGACUGGAAGACACAUGGAUCUGAAUACUAUGAGUGUUCGCGUUACAAAGAAAAUCCAAAUGUCGUCCAUGAGUCAGUUCAUGCCAAGGCAAGGGAAGCCUUGAAGAAGUAUCUCUUCUACUAUGAGCGUUGGGAGAACCAUGCCAAGAGCCUUCGGCUGGAGGAACAGACCAAGGACAGGAUAAAGCAGAAAAUUGAGGAGAAAGUGAUGAGUAAUUCAGGGACUUGGAUUGAUUGGCAAUAUCUUCUGGAUGCCCCCUCUCUGUUGGCCAAGUGUCGAUACACUCUUCAAUACACCUAUCCCUGUGCUUAUUAUAUGGAACCUGGAGCCAGGAAACAACUAUUUGAGUAUCAGCAAGCACAACUGGAAGCAGAGAUUGAGAACCUUUCAUGGAAGAUUGAGAGAGCCGAGACCACUGAUCGUGGUGAUAUGGAGAACCAAAUGGAUGUGGCUGAGAAGCGUAGAACCACACUUCUCAAAGACUUCCUACCUCCUUGAAAUCUCUUCAUGGACUCUUCUUGGGUUUAUAAUUAUCUGUUUUGUGUCUGUGAUUCCUGGAUUUUGGCAAGGAAUACAGAUAAUCAUGUUUUCCACAUUCCUUUGAUUGCUAAGAUGAACCCCCCAGG